ACAUCCAGCAUGUUACCCUGUGGACCAGCUCUGUCCUUUAUUCGGUGUCUGGUGCGGAAGAAGAACAUUGGUGGCGAAAGUCUCGAGGACACCAAGCUGUGCCGAUGCUUAUCAACACUGGAUCUUAUAGCCCUGGGAGUAGGAAGUACCCUUGGUGCUGGUGUUUAUGUCCUUGCUGGAGAAGUAGCCAAAUCCAAUUCUGGACCUAGCAUCGUUGUUUCUUUCCUCAUUGCUGCCCUUGCAUCUGUAAUGGCAGGUCUCUGCUAUGCCGAGUUUGGUGCUCGUGUUCCCAAGACUGGUUCUGCUUAUUUGUACACUUACGUUACAGUAGGUGAACUGUGGGCUUUUAUCACUGGCUGGAACCUCGUUUUAUCAUAUAUUAUAGGUACUUCAAGUGUAGCAAGGGCCUGGAGUGGCACCUUUGAUGAACUUCUUGGAAAACAGAUUGGUCGUUUCUUCAGCGCCUACUUCAGAAUGAAUUACUCGGGGCUAGCAGAGUAUCCUGACUUCUUUGCUGUGUUCCUUAUACUACUUUUAUCAGGUCUUUUAUCUUUUGGAGUAAAAGAGUCUGCGUGGGUGAAUAAAAUUUUCACUGCUAUAAACAUCUUGGUCCUACUCUUCGUUAUGGUUUCUGGUUUUGUGAAAGGUGAAGUUGACAACUGGAAGAUAAGUGAAGGAUAUCUCAGAAACCUUACUGCAGCAACAGAGAACCGCUCAUCCUAUGAAAAUGUGACAAGUAUGUAUGGUAGUGGUGGCUUUAUGCCAUACGGUUUCUCAGGAACAUUGGCUGGUGCUGCAACCUGUUUUUAUGCUUUUGUUGGAUUUGACUGCAUUGCAACAACUGGAGAAGAAGUCAAGAAUCCUCAGAAAGCCAUACCCAUAGGAAUUGUGGUGUCCCUACUUGUCUGCUUCAUGGCCUAUUUUGGGGUUUCAGCUGCACUGACACUUAUGAUGCCAUACUAUCUGCUAGAUGAGAAAAGUCCUCUGCCAGUAGCAUUUGAAUAUGUUGGAUGGGGUCCUGCUAAAUACCUUGUAGCAGUGGGAUCCCUCUGUGCUUUGUCUACGAGUCUUCUUGGAUCCAUUUUCCCAAUACCACGUGUAAUCUAUGCUAUGGCGAAGGAUGGGUUGCUUUUCAAAUGUCUAGCUCAAAUCAAUUGCAAAACGAAGACCCCACUAGUUGCUACUCUAUCGUCUGGUGCAGUAGCAGCUGUAAUGGCAUUUCUGUUUGACCUAAAGGCUUUAGUGGACAUGAUGUCUAUUGGUACACUUCUUGCUUAUUCACUUGUGGCAACCUGUGUCCUCAUUCUUAGGUACCAACCCACCUAUGAGGAACCAAAAUACUCUCCAGAAAAAGCAGCUCUGGCUGCAGCUGAAAGGGAAUCUGCAGUAAGUGAGUCACAGAUAAACAUGAUAGAAGAGAAUCGCUUCCGUCCUCAGGCCUUGAUUAAUCCAUCCAGUUUACCAACUGAGCAGACUGCAGCUAUAGUUAACUUCUUAGUGGGUCUCUUAGCUUGCUUGAUUUGUGGCUUGAGUGUCCUCAUUACAUAUGGGAUUCAUUUCAUUGUUGCCUUGGAGCCCUGGAGUAUUGGCCUUCUUGCUUUGUUGGUGAUAUCCUUCAUAGUUACCAUUCUUCUCAUCCAAAGGCAGCCUCAGAACCAGCAGAAAGUAGCCUUUAUGGUUCCACUAUUGCCAUUUUUGCCAUCAUUCAGCAUACUGGCAAAUAUUUACUUGAUGGUACAAUUAAGUGGAGAGACUUGGAUGAGAUUUAGCUUUUGGAUGUUACUUGGCUUCCUCAUUUACUUCGCUUAUGGCAUCAGACACAGUGUUGAAGGUCAUCGUGGUGAUGGAGAUGAUGAUUCUUGUUCAGAAAAUAGUGGGAUGCAAGAAAAGAACCCAGUGGAUGACCCUGAAAAUGCAAAUGAAAGGGAUCAAUUUCUUCCACAUGAAAGGACAAGUGAAUGUUAA